CACCGCAGUUCCUUAUUAUCUCUCUCUUCCCAUGUUGAUAUUAUAAAUUCGCGGGUUGUUAGGCUCAGGACCAAUCUCUAUUUGCGUGCAUAUCUAGAUUUUCUACCACCUGCCUCUUUAGAUCUUAGAGGAAAUUGUGUUGAGUGUGUACCUUGCUUUCACAAAAUGGCUCCAAAGGUGCUACUUCUCUCUGUUCUCUUGUUCCUUUUCGUUUCUGUUUGCUUCAGUUCCUGCUCUGAACCUCAACUAGGAAGCAAACACUUGUCAAGAAGUAGCAGAAGAAUGCUGGAGGAGGAGGAUUCUGAAAAUGAACAAGAGUUUGAGCAACCACUGAAGAAGAAACCAACCAAACCAAUCACCACCAAUCUUUCCUCCAAAAACCAAACCAAAUCCAUCAAAUCCAAUAACAACAACCUCUCCUCCAAAAACCAAACCAAAACCACCCUCAACGCCUCCACCUUCAAGAAACUCAAUUCCACUUCCAUCAAGAUCAAGAAGCUAAACAACUCCACAUCAAAAUCCUUCACUAAUUCCUCAAAAACCAGCACCACCAGCAAGAAACAAUUGGAUCUCACCAAGCUAGCAGGCGCAAUCGCCAAGAACAAAACAACAAAAGCAACCACCGCCACCGACACAAAGAACAAGAUCAAGGUAAAUCCAGGUCAUAUUGAAGAAGAAAAGCUGAAUAAACAGAGCAAUAAGAAAAAACAAUCACCACCCAAUUGGAUGUUUGAAGAUGAAGAUUCUGAUUUGGUUUCAGACUUCAAAGAUCUACCAAUCAGGUUUCAGAAAUCAUUGAUCCCGGACCUGGAACGAAUCUCAACAACUUCAAAGUCUUACUUCACAAGAGCCAACAAGGAAUUCACAAAAGGAUUCAAACCUUACGUUGGUAACAAAUACGCACCCACCAUUGCAACUUUGCUAUCAUGUGCAUUCGUUCUGAUCCCAUUGCUUUUAGCUUCUCUUGUUUUGAACAAGAUCAAAGCCUAUUUCUCACUUCAGAAGCUCUUGCUCUUCAUCCAAGCUUACCUCUCUAUCUACUUCUCAAUCCUCUGCCUCUCUUCUUUUGUUACCGGGCUUGAGCCGCUGAGGUUUUUCUUCUCUACUUCGCAGUCGAGUUAUCUCUUCCUGCAGGUUAUCCAAACGCUAGCUUAUGUUCUCUACCUUCUCUUGCUUCUCAUGUACCUUGUUUUGGUUUUCUCCACGGACUCUGGGCUAGGCUCGAAGUUUUUGGGCCUAACCCAAACGUUCGUGGGGUUUGCUGUCGGGUUACAUUAUUACAUGACGGUGUUUCACAGGGUGGUGUUGCGGCAACCGCCCAAGACCAAUUGGAAGGUUCACGGGAUUUACGCCACGUGUUUCUUCGUGAUUUGUGUCCUUGCUGGGGCGGAUAGAAGGAAGAAGAGUUACUUGGAAGAAGGUGGAGAAGAAGGGAAGAAAAAUUAGCUAGCUCAAUAGUUAGUUACAUUUUAGUUCCUCUCCUUAUUUCAUCAUUUUGACUAAAAGAAAAAAUUAUCCAAAGCAACAUACAAAGCUUGUUCAUGUGAUGUAAUGCCGCAAGGCUAGCUAUGGCUUUUCAGCCAGAAAGCAUUCAAAUUCAUUUCAUAAAUAAGUGGAAUUCGGGACAUAUAACAAUUGUAUGAUUCAUCAUUUUGUAAGUCUCAUAUUGUAGCACUUCAUCACUUCCUCAAUUCAAUUUCUGGGCUAUUGAUUUCA